GAUGUAAACAGGAAGUGUGGCGUUGUCAUGGAGGGGGCGAGGCAGUCAGUUUUAGGCCGAACUAGGUGAAGAGGUAGAGAUGAAGUAGCUUAGCUGCAUUUAUGGCCUCACUUGUGCUGCGUUAGUUCUUAUCUGGAUCUGCGCCACGGAAAGUCAUGCUAAACUAGUUGUUAGCAGGUUUUCACGUUAGCAACGGAUGUAACGUAUCUAAGUUAAAAGAUAAUCCACCGCUAAAUGUCAUUACAUACUAAAACUGCUAAAGUGACUGUCAUGACGAAAGACUUGUUCUUGUGUGUUUGUGAGCGGAUGAACGCACGUCGCUGGACACGGGAGAAACGGAAAGAAUACGCUAAAUACGCUCCGCCCCUCCAGGAAGUACAAAUAUAAAGUCAGCUCUGCUUUCACUUUUAGCAAGGUGUGUAAAGGAGAAAGAAGAGAAGCCAUCCUGACGGCUUUACUCAGCUUUAACUGAAAAGAAGGGGCGUCAAAAAUGGAAUACACCGAGAAGAAGCUUGAGGAGAUGCUGAGGUGCCCAGUGUGCCAGGACAUCUUCAAGGAUCCCCAUCAGCUGCCCUGUGGACACAGCAUGUGUAUGGGCUGUCUGGAAAACAUGAGGGACCACUCUUCAGACAUGCCCUUCCGUUGCCCAGACUGCAGGAGAUUUUUUGGAUUUGCCAUUGGGCUACAGAAGAGCUACACGCUAACCAACAUCACAGAGAACUUCAGGGAAAGCAAGAAGAGGAAGGACAAACAGACCAAAAAUGUGUUCUGCGACUACUGCGUGACAGAAAAAAACCCAGCCUUUAAAACGUGUCUGAAGUGCGAGGUGGCGCUGUGCAAAGAGCACAUCAAAGACCACAUGGAGCUGCCAGUGUUCACGGGACACCCCUUGGUCAAGCCUCUGGGUGACCUCAGCGAGCGGAAAUGCCCACAGCACGAGGACGCGGUGCUGAGGUACUACUGCAACGCAUCCGGACGCUACAUCUGCAACAUGUGCGCCCUGGAGAGCAAGAAGCAAAACAUGUCCACCGAGGCCUCCAAUGUCAUACGGAGACAGCUGACUGAGUACAUGGACCUGCGCUUCGAAACGCUGAAGCUUCAAAUGACAGAAACCAAUAAGUCUGUCAAAAAACUGCAAGAACAGCUCAGACAUGCGAAGCUGAACUCUUCUGACUCACUCAUCAACAGUGUUACAAUGGUGCUGCUCUUUCUGUGGUUCAUUGUUCUGUAUUACGCAUACAACUACUCUGUGGAAAACAAGAUGCUAACAGCAGCACUGGAUAAGCAGCAGAACCGCGUGCAUCACAUUUAUUCCACCAUUGCAGAACUCCUGGCUGAGAGUCCUGUGAAGAGCCAGAAACAUCUGCUGACAGAAGCAAUUCACAUCCUGGACGUGGACACAGCCAGUCCAUUCCUUGGAGUCUCCGCUGACCUCCGAACAGCCGAGAGAGUGAAAACCAGGCUGAACUAUCCCGCCAGUAAAAGCCGCUUUGACGAAGCCCCGCAGGUCCUCUCCGAGCGGUGCUUCUCCACUGGCACCCACAUCUGGGAGGUGGAGGCCGAGGGAUACUGGGACAUCGCCGUGUCCUACAAGAGCAUCCAACGCAAGAACAACAACAGCCCCUUUGGGAAGAACGCGCUGUCCUGGAGCCUCACACACGACGGCAAAGGCAAGCUGUUGGCCUACCACAAUAGAGAAAAAAAAGUUGUCUCUGCGACCCUGAAGAGCAACCGCAUAGCUGUGAUGGUUGAUUUUGGGAAAGGCAACAUCACGUUCAGCUCCAUGGAGUCCACGAUCACACGGCUGCACGAGUUUAAAGCUGAACUGACUGAGCCAGUGUGCCUCGGUUUUGGGCUUUACAAAUUGGAUCCACUUAGUAGAGCCACUAUUGUGAACUCUUCAUGAAGAAUCCUGGAAGUUGUCUCAAUAUUCAGCCGACACUGGAAUAAGAUUGCACUUUAAUUGGAGGAUAAAGCCAAAAAAUGUGAAGAAUCACCUCAGGAAUAUAUUUUUUUUGUGAACUGUGGAUCUUAAUUUCUGCAACUGCGACAAAUAGUAUUUUAAACAGAAUAUUUAUAAGGAUGGGUGUGGUUUACAAAAAAAAAAAAAAACUACACUGUUGAACGAAUGAACAAAUGAAUUCCUGUAAUCAAAGAGAUGCAAUGGUAUGAAACAUCUUGGUGUGAUAAUCAUCUCAACGGUAUCGCCACUGAUAUGGAUCUGAGAAAAUAUAUUGUUUUAACACUAA